AUGGACAACUAUUUGGGGGACGCAUACAACAGUUGUGAGGACCCCAGUGAAAGGAACCCCCUGCUGGGGGUAAGCUACGAAGAGGCGUUUUCCCGCGGCUACCUCCCCGAGGAGAGCAACAAUUUGGUGCACCCCGUGUUGGGGACGAAGCACGAGAAGGGGGAGCUUUCGAGAAAGUCAGGGUACGCUAAGGGGAACACUAAGGGGGGUAUUAAGGGGCACGCUAAGGGGGGUGUUAAGCAGGGUAUUAAGCAGGGUAUUAAGGGGCACGCUAUGAGGGGCGCCACAGGGCGUGAGGACGGUGGAACUUCAACCACCGGCAAAAAGGACCUUACCCCCCCCUCGGUAACCACGUCACCCGUGCCGAUCAUUCCGCAGGAAAAUUAUUCUAAAAAAGGGAUGCCUUUAAAGUCGGGUAAUAACUCCUGUCCUGAGGGGGAAAAACGUUUAGAUCUGUUGUGUCCACAUGAGCUUAGGAUGGAUGGGCCGAAUGAGUGGAACAGAGGUGUUGCAACUGAGGGAGGAGUGAAUAACAACUUGGAAAAAUCAAACAGGGGAAAUAGGGAUUACACGUGGAGAGUACUCGAUUUGAGACCCCCCCAUGAUGAUGACCCUACUGUGAGCGCGCAGGACAGCAACGAAUGGGAACUCUUCGAGAGGAAAGAAUCGACCCCGUUACAUCACAAAGGGGAAGUAACUCCCAACGUGAGCAGUGAACAAAAUUACCAUGUGAGAGAUAAGAACGUGAAGAAAUAUGAACAGGUCAUGUCGAAUUGUACGUCCAGCAUGGAGUACCCCAGUGAGAGAAACACUUAUGGGCACAGAGAUGUUUAUUCAUCCGUUUCGAAAAAUGGAGCAAGUUCCUACAGUAAUAGAGAAAGGACUGUGUUCCCUGAUGGUGCAUCUACCUUGGGGAGAGAUAAUGCCGAUAGCUAUGAUUACUCAGAUGAAAGGAUUGAAGAUGUUGAUUUGGAUGAAAGGGACAGAAGGACUCAUCCCAGGGGGGAAGAAAAAUAUAAUUUUUUGGCAAAUGAUACAUGGAAGAAGGGACCCAUUGAUGUGGCCACGAAUCAAAAGGAAAGAGGUAACACCUGGAGGAGGAAUGAAGGCAACAUGGGGGGAACCCAUUUAGGGGGAGACAAAAAAGACACACUACACAAACGUGAUAGAGGCUUUCUUCCAAAGGGUGAUUUGAAAGAGGGGGGAGGAUCAAGUUAUUCGAAGAGUCCCACGUAUGAUCGCGCGCUGGUUAGACACAUCGAACGGGAUGUUGCGUUUUAUGAGGACAUUUCGCGCGAUAUGGAAGGCGUCACGAGGGGGGCACAGCACGGGUCGUUUUACAGCCCCCCUGAGAGGUACUUGCAUGGAGAAGAUUGCAGUGCUGAUAGUAGUGUCAUUUGCAGUCCCCGCUGCAAUCCCCGCUGCAGCCCCGCUGGAGACAGCACGAGCAGCUUCAACCAGAAGGAUUUUUUACUUUUGAAAAAAAAAAGAGAAGAAGAUUCCAGGUUGAACAAAUGGUUAAACAAAAUAAACGCCAGAGAAAAUGAGAAAAAAAAAAAAAUCCAAGAAAAAAAACGAAUCCAUAAAAAAGGAAUUGGUAGAUUGGUCAGCAUCACCCAGCCAAACAGAGUGAAAAAUCUCAUCAAAGAGGAAGGCAGAAAGGGAGGUGGAGUUAACAUACAGGAGAAGAAGGGGUGUAUCAAAUUAGGCCCUCACAAUGGUAAAGGCGAGUUUGAUGAGGAACUCCAUAUUGUUGCGCGUGCGGCGAGUAGAUGCACAGAUCGGGAGAAGGCAAUCACAUGGGUUGGCAGCGGAUGGACAGACAUUACCUAUGAUAAGAGAAGCAUAUCGCCCAUGAGCAGAUAUGAGGAUGCACUCAUGAGUGACCAUGUGGCAGGUCAAAUGAGCAGAAACAUCAGUGAGGGGGAUCCCCAUGGGAGGGUAGCUUCAGGGAGGGCAGCGAGGAGAGGAUAUCAUACCAGGGGAAGGUACACCGAUGGGGAAAUCCCUGGUGAAGAAGACAUCCACAGCGAUCAUCCAAAUGGUGAUCAUCCAAAUGGUGAUCAUCCAAAUGGUGACGGCAGGAGCGGCGGGGAGGGGCCCUACCGGGAAAGUAAAAUAAAACACAGAGAUAGGAAUGAGCUUCUGUACUGGAAAGCCAUGAAGCAGAAAGAGCAGCUCCAACGGAAGAAGGACGCUUUUGAAGAAGUCAAGGAAAAUAAAUUUCAAAGAGAAUGUAAGUUUAGUCCAGAAAUAAAAAACAACGUGAAGAUAUACAUGUCUGACCUCCCAAGGGGGUACAGCAAAACUGUGCAAAGAAUCAAAAGGGGCGUCGAGGAAAAGAGAAGAGUCCAUAAUUUCUUGGAGUAUAGGAUCCCAGUGGGCACAAAUGGAGAUAAGAAUGCACAGAAUAUAUUUCGCAGUAAAUGUCAGGAAGGGAGGACUACCACUCUCUCCCCGUUCAGCUUUGACAAGGGGUUCUACAAGGUGAAAAUAAAGCCCGUUUACUUUGAAACGAAAAUAAGGUUGUCCGAAAAUAAAAUUGCAUCUCUUGCGAUUCGAGAAGACGAAGACCCCUUGUACAUCGUUGACAUAUUUUGUAAAAUCCAUGCAAUUAGGGAUGAAGAUAAGAGGGUGCUUUAUGAAUAUGUAAUGGAUGAGUUGGGGAAGGCGUCCCAGGGUAGCUAG